AUGGCUCCACCAAUGCUGAUUUGGCUCCAUCUCACUCAAGAAAAACACACACCAAUCGGCUCUUCCCACGGCAGGCUAGCUUUCUCCGGCGACGACCAAAACCCAAACGACCCUUUCCUCUUCUGCCCGUUUUCCAGUACCCGAAUCCGUCUCCCAAGAAUCCAUUCCCAGCUCGACAAAAUCGUCCUUUGCGGCAACCCGUCUCACGACCCAAACUUCACCGCCUUAGCCAUCCACAAUGCUGACGUGGCCUUCUGCAGGCCCGACACAAGCCAGACAUGGGCCCGUCUCGACUCCGAUCUCCCGACAAUCUACGACAUAAUCUGCUGUGACAAAACCAAGACCGCUUUCAUUCUGGGCCCGGGACCCGCCAUCGAGGCAUGGGAUAUGGGCUGGGCCUUGCCGUGCAAGAAAUCCGAUAUUCUAGAAGAUUUCAGCCCGGAAGCUGUGGCGAGGGCCGAGGAGAGGUACCCGCGCCAGCUGUACACGACGAGGUGGUACCUUGGCCGGUCGGAAUUAGGGGAGUUGUACGUUGUGGUGAGGUACGUGGGAGAGUUUGUGAGGCAUGACGGGGAAGUUGUGAGCGAAGGGGACACGCUCACGGAUUAUGCGGCCGAGCCGUUGGUUUGCCCUUACAAGACGGUGGGUUUCGAGGUUUUUAGGUAUAGUGGUGAUUGCGAGGGGAAUAAUAAGUGGGUUGUGGCGGGAGAUUUGGCGGGAAGGGCUAUGUUUUUGGGAGGGAAUCAGACGGUGAUGGUUGAGGAGAAGGAGGCAAAUUAA